AUGGGAUCUGUUUGUAUUAAAGAAUAAUCUCAAUAUGAUGGAAGCCUUAAAUAUCCAAUAAUUAAUAAACUUAUGAAAUUCCAACCUGACAAGUAAUUUCCUUUAGCAAAACCUCAUUCUCAUUCAAAUAUGAUGGAAGAAACUUAUGAAAUGAAUUAUUUAGAAAUAAUUCUGAAUGUUCAAGAGAUUCCUAAAAAAAAAAUUUAAGAGUAAAAAGUCAUAUCAACUACUCAAGUUGAAGAUUAGAAAAAAGUGAAAACUUUAGAAUAAUAAGUUAAGACUGCGUAAGAAAUAUUAGAAUUCAACUUAGAAAAUUAAUAAACAGGGAAAAGUCUUAAAAUGAAAAGAAGUAUUACUUAAAAUUCAAAUCAUCCUGAGUAAUUUGAUGAGUGUUCUGUUAUUAUGAAUAAAAAUUAAGCAAGCUCAGAUACACAAACAAUAAGAAGCAUUCUUAAGACUAAUAAAUCAAAAUCUCAUAAAUCAGUACCAAAGGUAACUUAAUCUAGUUCUUAAAAAAAAGUUUCUUUUGAGCCUAGAUUAUUAAAACAAAAAAAUCGUAAUUUUUUUAUGUGA